AUGGGCGAAUUUGCCGUCUAUGAAGCAUUUAGUCCGCUGGACUAUCUGCAGAGUUACUAUGGGCAACUGGACAGCGAGGCCGACGGCCUGCUGAACUUUCUGGUUGAGCAGUUUGAACACAUUGAAGCCGGCGCCAGAGUCCUUGAAUUUGGUGGCGGUCCCACCUUAAUUGGUCUGAUUCCUGCGGCGCGAAGGGCAGCUUCCAUACACUUCUGCGACUAUGUUGCGGAAAACCGGCAGUUUGUCGAACGGUGGUUGGCCGGAGACGAACAGGAAUUCGACUGGCACGUAUUUGUCGAACGCUGCUUGCAGUUUGAAGGUAUCCCUCAUCCUGAUGCGGGUCAGAUCGAAGCGCGCUGUGAGCUGAUCAGGUCUGUUGUUGGGCCUGUCACCUCCUGUGAUGUUUACCAGCGUCCACCCAUCCAGAGCGACCACCUUUUUGACGUGGUCAUUACAAACUACUGCCUGGAUGCGGUUACCAACGACAUCAAAGAGUGGCACCAGCACAUCGAAACUCUGAAACAGAUGCUGCAACCUGGCGGUCUGUUUAUCAUGUCAUCCCUGAAGCAGGCGACCUAUUCUGACUUUGGCGAAACGCGUUAUCCCAACGUGUAUCUGCUUGAAGACGACGUACGUACCGGCCUGAUCCAGGCUGGCUUUGCCGAGCACUCUAUCCGUAUCGCCACAGCACCGGCUGAUCAUGAAUCACGCGAGUACCGUGAACUUGUCCUGAAAAUAGACAUGGUCGCUUACGGCGAACCUCUGGUAGCUCGUUUUGGCGGCGGCAUCGAAGAAGGUAUUUCCGGUGUCCAGCUGAUCGAAACCAGCGCGAUCACAGUACACACCAAUGACAUGGCAAGAGACCUGACAUCAACUACCAGACCCUGUUACGGAAGUAGACAGAUGAACAUGGGUAUAACCAGCGAAACCGCUUCACUGCGAUUUUAUCCCGACUAUUUGCCUGUUUUUCCACACGAGCCGACCCGCGACCGGUUUCAUAUCGGCUACGAGAACGAUCAUCUCGGCGAAGGCGUGCGUUCUCUGGUACCGUUCUCCAUCGGGGAUGUUGUCUUCGCCUGCACCGGCUUCGUGUGUGCUGAGGUCACACAGUUCUCUCUGCAGCUGGCGCCCGGUCUGCACCUGCACGACCCUUACUUCUACGGCAAAAUUCUGCACAGUUGUGAUCCAAACACCUACGUUGAUGUUGCCACCCGCCAAUUCAAAGCCGUGCAGCCGAUUCAACCCGGUGAUUUUGUCACCAUGGAUUAUGCGCAGACCGAAGAUUAUCUGUUCCGCAGAUUUCCCUGUGCCUGUGGGGCAAGCUCGUGCCGCAAAAACGUGCUGGGGCGCUUACAGAUGCCGGCCGCCGACCCGGCAACCGUCUCUGUGCCACCGGCACAGGUUCUAACAGAACUGACAGAUACUCGAUCAACUGCUUGA